CAGGUGCUUAGCGAAUAUUGACAAUCUCCCAGGCGGGCACGCGCCGUUGGACAGUGUGGGCCACUCGUAUUCUCCUUGCAGGUCACGGUGAGACGGUCUGUUCUGUUCAUCCCGCUAGGAGCCAGUGAACAAUGACCCGGGCACCGCAACCGAGCUGAGAUCGCUGGCGGAUCAUAUUUUACCUAUGGGACGUAUCUGCGUUCUGUUGUCAAGCUGAUUCAACAUGGCGGACGAAAGCGAGCUUGACAGUGUUUCUAAACAUACGCCUAAAGACAUGGUGUGGGACGAUCGACCGAGGACUUUACGGCAAAUAGUGUCGAACUGUCGUCUGCCUUUUUAUGUUAAAGCUCACAAAGGAGAUCUGUCAAAAUAUAUACCUGGGUCAAGUGAACAAAAUGACGUUCUGCAUGUGUUGGAAGUUCGGCGGAGGAAAAUUGUUUUAGGCAGACGACUUCAGUGGGAGAAAAGAGCCAAUGAUUACACGGUGACUGGGGAUCAGUUGGACAUACCGGCUUCUUUCAAAGGUUGGUUUGAGGUUGUCCCAGACGAUGGAAGACCAGUUGAGUAUUUUGACACAAUCCACGGUAUCACCAGCGUAAAGCCUCGGCGGUUUCUGGUUCGGACAUCAACCGUGGGCUACCAGCUCAGCAUUGAAGACGGUGUCAGUUGCUGGAUGCCCUGUGAAAUAAAGUCCGGGGAAGUAUUAACGACUGGCAUGAUCUACAUGGAUAACAAGAAAACCAAGUCCGUUUCAAAGAACAUCUUCAAGAAGCUACUCAAAUCCAACAAAAACUCCAAGAAGGAGCAGGAUAUGAAAUAUCUGCAAUGCUAUGACAGUGAGGGUAAAGAGAUCAUGAUACCUCUCAUCAUGUCCGGAGUAUUCAGUCCAGUAGGGGAUGCUACCGUUGCUAACUAUGAUGCUGUGUAUGAACUUCAGGACUUGAUCAUGGCGUUUGGCUUGCCCGUCAACGCCCAGAUCAUAUACUCCGGGGCCUCCGAAAAGGCUAUUUGUCCAAAUGGAACUGUCAAGUUUGAGAGCACACGAGAGGAAGAGUACGCCAUUGUUACGAAGAUCCCCUCUGAGGAGGAAUCAGAAUGUGAACCUACCCAAGUGGAGCUUCCUAUGGACGGGGAGGUGACUUUCUUCAGAGAAGCCAAGAAGAGACUUGCUAAGAAAGACUCCGAUCCCAAGCAUCCAGCUCCUAGUGAGGAGACCAAGGUAGAGGCGACGUCGAACAUUGAACUACCCAAACGUGCCGAUAAAGAAGCCAAAAAAUCCAAGACGUCCGCUCUCCUUGACAAACUCAGUGUCCGAAGGACGAAAAAAGAGCGUGCAAAAUUAAAGGCUAUGAAAGGAGACGAUGUGUUUUCAAGGAGAUUGAGUAAGAACGAUGUGAGUUAUGAGGAGUUUUUCAAUGGACUGAACAGCAAUGAAGAAGACAAGGAAAACAGUGAAAGGAACAAGUCUAAGAGUCCCGAGAGUGAACCAAAUAAGAAUUCAACAUCGAAAGAGGACACCUAUGGCAAAAUCCAUAAGUCUCAUAUACAGAACCGAGAUCUUCCGCCGAUCCCGCCUGAUGACAAAGGGCAUAUAGGGAGUCGCGGUGAUCACAAUAUCUCCAAAGAUUCAAUCUAUGAACAUCUUCCCCCGGCUCCUAAGCCACCAAGCCGGUCCUUCUCCGACCUGACUCGUAUGCAGGAGGAAGAUGAGGAUGACGGCUACAUGGUGCCCAUGAACUUGAAAGGCGAUUUUGAUACCGCUUACAGUGAAGGCACUGACGCCAUUCUCCGAAGAAAGCCCCCUACCGCACCACGUGACUCUAUGAAGUAUGCGCGCGCACGGAAAGCUAGAAGUGACAUCCCCUGUCACGGCGAGGAAGACUUUCAUGACAACUGCCCUUUUGACAUUGACGAUCUGUUUAGUUUCGCUUAUUCCCAAGAGUCCAAAGACAAGCCUUACGGUACCAUCAACAGCCGUUACAACGUCAGCACGUCCCAAUUGUAUGGGUCGAACAAUAAAGGGAAACCGCCUCCGUGGCGAGCACAUAUACCCCACAGCUACGAUCCCCGUUUCUUUGACGACCAGGACAUCGAAACAAGACAGAGGACAGGUACUCCAGCCAAAUUCAAAUCGAAAUCUCAGCGAAAUCUCCACAUGGACCCCAACGCUACAAUUCGUAGCCAUAACCUUCGUAAGAUGAGGAAUGUGAUGGAGGUGUUUCAUUUCAGCGACUCGUUUAGGGAUCUCAGGGGUGGGGAACCGCCCCCUUCACCAGAGGAGUUCCACCGGCGCCAUUUCGAGACCCCAUACGGCAUGACCCAUGACCCCAGCGCCAUCUACUACCCGGGUAGCGGGCAUGGGCAUGGGCAUUACAUAGAGAACGAGUCGCCUUACAGAAAAUACCAUCGCUCCGCCUCAGUUUCGGGACUUAGCGAUCCUUACCUCAAACAAGGUGAUGACUCCGCCAUAUCGAUGGGGUCCAGAGGAGACUAUGGGUAUCCUAAUGGCAGCGAUUACAGCUAUUCCGAGUACGGAGAACCGGAGGAUGAGAAUUACAUCCCCCCGGGUGAGACCGAACAUCUCACUGUGAAAGAGGUGUCGAAAUGUCUCCGCUAUAUAGGAAUGAAGGACCGUGUCGUGUUGAGAUUCUCCAACGAGCAAAUUGAUGGGGAAAUGUUGGGGAGACUGGACAAGAAGCUUCUGAAGGAAGGCUUCCCGGAACUCAAUGCUCUGGAAAUUAAGAAAAUAUUAGACUUUAUUGGCGGGUGGAGGCCUAAGAAAGCGUGAUGAACCUUUCACUACAACUCACAAAUUCUCCAUGGUUACCGAGAAUGUCAUGGGCCGAUAUGACGUGUAAAAUUGCAGUAAAGGUUUGAACAUGAAAGCGCAGUAAAACAUAAAAUCAGGUAAUGUAAUUACAUGCAAGGCUCACUGGUUCCUUUCUGUUUGGCAAUCCCUUUCUUUUCGUGUACAGAGAAAGGAGUCUUAUUUCUCGGUGCCCAUGUUGUUCAAGUGAGUGAAGGGUCAGGGUGAGAAACAUUCGUGUUUGACGUAUUUACUGCUAAACAAACUUAAUAAAAAUCUAUGUGAACACCGUUUUGGGACAUCCCGAGUGCAACAGAAGAACCCAUUUGGAGUGUGACAGUGCACGUGGAGUUCACGCAACACGCGUAUUCAAGCGUCACGUCGACUCGGCAACCGCAAACCGUCCACCCCUGCUGUUGGUGUGGACUGCGCGGAUUCUGUAGAUCCGGGUUCAAUGUCAAGUUGUUAGUUUUCUUAAGUUUGUUUGGAAGUACUGCGAGGUAUUUGUGUUUAAAUGACAUUUUCAAUAAACGCACAACGAAGUGAAGUACACGUGUGGAUUGACCUUCAACUGACCACUGCCAAGGACAAUGUAGGACGUGGUCAGUUCCGGACGUUUGCGAGUCUCAUAUACAUAUAAGGAACUAGGCAUAUAUAAAGGCACCUUGAGAAGAACAUUAGCAAUACAGUGAGUGCUGUGUGGAAGGCCUGCACAGAAUGAUGCAUUUAAGGAAAGGUGUGUUGUCUGGUACAAAGGUAUGCGGCAUUUACACCAUGAUGUAUGAUAAAUGAUAGUUUGUUAGAUUAUUUCCACAAAUGAUAUAGAUAAAACAGUUAAAUGUACAGUAUGUAAUUGUUAAUUUGGUGUUGAAACUUACAAACUGUUAUGGAAGAAAAUAUGUAUAGUACACUGUAAAAUAUUGUUAACCCGUGUAAAGUUUGUAUAUAUAUUGUUAAUUUAUUGACGCAGGUCGAUGAUGGAAGAUCUAUUCAAAACGGCAUUGCACAAUACGAUUUAGCUGAAAUUCAUACUUCUUUUGUAAACACAAUUAUUCUCCGAAUCCUGUUGAAUCUCUAUUUUUGUAUCUUAUGUUUUAAAAUGAUCGUAUUGUUUAGAAAAAAAUGUAAUUUAUGCCAAAAUUUCAAAAUCCCUCAUGGCCUGUCCAGCAAUACACGACCUGUCUAUAUGAAACGAGUAUUGAUAUCAUGUGCAGUGUUAAUAAACAUUGUGUCCGUUUA